CAAAAACCCCGUCUUCAGCCUCCCCACGCAGCGCUCCUCGCACCGAGAGAACCCAAGCGGACUUGGCCACGGUCACGCGAGCGGUCAAAGUUAGCAUUGCAAGCCGGAGCUCUAAGGCAAUUGAGUCCAUUUCACUGAAGCCGGAAAUGAGCGACUUUUCCGAAGUCACAUGGCUGGUCUAUCAAAGAGAGGAGUAGGGAGUGGAACUCGACCCCAGGGCUCGGUCACAGGAGCGGCGAGCCCGUGGCGGUGCAGGACUCGGACGCGCGGGGACGGUCCCGUUGCAGCACUCCGGUACUCUUCGUUAAAGGUCCAUGCAGACCUUGGAUGCAGCCUGGCCUCACUGUUCCACGAGUCCAAAGGGCCUCCUGGCCUGGGGUCUCUUUAAGAGCGGAAAGCCCCCCUCCCCAUUUCUCCGGAGGAGGGGCGGAGAGGGGGCGGAGUCCCCAGGGAGGUUCUCUGCCCGCUCAGAGGCCGGCCGGCCAGGUCCCUGGCCACCAUGAAGCUGAAUGAGCGGAGCCUGGCCUUCUACGCCACCUGCGACUCCCCGGCGGACAACACGGGCUUCCUGUACAAGAAGGGCGAGCGCCACACGGCCUACCACAGACGCUGGUUUGUGCUCAAGGGAAACAUGCUCUUCUACUUUGAGGACCGUGACAGCCGCGAGCCCGUGGGUGUCAUCAUCUUGGAGGGCUGCACGGUGGAGCUGUGCGAGGCUGCCGAGGAGUUCGCCUUCGCCAUCCGCUUUGCUGGUGCCCGCUCGCGCACUUACAUCCUGGCGGCCGACAGCCAGCCGGCCAUGGAGGCCUGGGUCAAGGCCCUGUCCCGCGCCAGCUUUGACUACAUGCGGCUGGUGGUGCGUGAGCUAGAGCAGCAGCUGGAGCAGAUGCGGUCAGGGGGCAGGCGGCGGACUGAGCCCCUGGUGCCCCCGCGGCGGGAGCGCUCACUGCCCUCGAGCAGCUCCAAGGAGAACGGCUGUGCCGUGUGGAGUCAGGAGUCGUCCGGCCUGCCCAAUGGGACCCUCCCCAGGACGAGCCACGAGGGGGCCCCUAGGCCUCCCCCACUCCCACCCCGGCGGAAGCCCUCCCUGGGCAACAGCCCCAUCCCCCUGCUGGCCUCCGAGACUCCUUUCACCCCAGGCACAACCACCUUCUCUCAACUUCAUGACUGGUAUGGCCAGGAGAUUCUGGCGCUGAGGCGUGAGUGGCUGGAGAGCCGAGGCCAGCUGUGACCCAGCUGGUGGAGAACUGGGGGAGUGGGGUUGGAGAACAGUGGAUCAUCCGACCCAUGGUUCUUAUAGGGGAAAAAUCUCCUCUGCUGGCAAGUCCCUGACCUGAGGCUCCCAGGAAGGGUCUGUCUGGCUGGCCCUUGGCUUAUGGUCAUCCGGAAACAUCCUUUUUUCCCCUCUGACUCACUCUUGGUCCGUUGACUGCUGAUCCUGGCACUGGGCCAGGCAGGAGCUUGCAGGACCAGCCCUGUCGGGGCAGGGUGGAUGUCCGGGUCAGCCACCCAGCCCAGACCCUGCCUGGCCACUCGGUCCAGAGUGAAGGAGGGUCAGGCUUUAUGGUCUGUAGCCAGCUACAGAGCUGGGCUGGCAUGGGGCCUGGAGCCUCUACUGUUACCUCCCCUGUGUGGCCUCCUUCUAGAGUAGGGGAAGUGUGGGGAGGGGGGCCGUGUGCCUGGGGCCCUGCUCUAACGGUACAGUGUGUGUGUCUGCAUCUCUCUGUGUGUGUGUCCUCCCUGUAUCCAUUGCAUCAUCGUUUACAAAGCAUCCUUCUUUCUCCUCACUGCUCCUCAAGGGGCCGGGAUUGCUACGCCCAUCCUCCAGUAUGUGAGGAAUCUGGGAUGUUAUUAGUGGGUGGGUGCUCCCUUCAUUCACACAGGCAGUAACUCACCCCUGCUUCUCAGGUCAUCUGAGGAGUUGUUGUGACGCCCCCCCCCCCCCAAAUGGGCCACCUCCCAUCCCCUCCCAGCAUCACCAGGAAAAUAGUUCUGUCACUGGGCUCCUCCCUCAGCCCAUUUCACUGAUGUGAAAACUGAGACUCAGAGAGGAGAAGUAAUCAGAACUAGAAGGAACCUUUGACAUCACCUAGUCCAAGCUCCUCAUUUUAUGUGUGGCAGGGCUGUAGUCCUUGUUAGCUAACAUUUCUAUGAGACCUUAAUGUUUGCUGAGCGCGCUUAUAGUCAUUAUCUAGUCCUCACUACCACCCUGUGAAAUGGGUGCUAUUGUCUGACCCAUUUUACAGAUGAGGAAACUGAGGCCUGUAGUGGUAGCAUGGCUUGCCAGGGUUACACAGCUAACAGGUGUCUGAGGUGGGCUCUGCAGCUAGGGAACCCCCACUGCCCCCUUACUCCAUUGUGCACCUGGCCCAAGGUCAUAAGUUGCAGAGACAGGAUAAUGAUUCCUGGUCUGCUGCCUGGGGGUCUUCCUGACUCCAGGCCUAGUGCUCUAUCCAUUGCACCACCUAGCUGCCCUGCUAGGUCAUUCACUGGUCAUUCAGUGCCUCAGUUUUCCUCUCUCAGUUCUGUGCCUGUUCAGCUUAAGCUGGCUUUUUUCACUUCUAAGCACAGUGAGGGGGCACGGCAGGUAUCUGGAGAUGUGCCAGCAUCCUGAGCUGGGCCGUAAUGGGGUUCCUGGGGAGGGGAAACCCUCAUCCCUGACUCCAGAGCACAAUUCUUUCAACUAUUCUAAGGGAUUUCCGUUUCUUCAGCCCUCCCUGGAAAAGCAGUAUGUGGUCUAAUGCGGGGGUGGGGGGGCCAAACUUGGCCUUGGGGGGCCAGAAGGACCUGAAUUCAAAUCCUGACACACCAACAAAUCACUUACCUUUCUCAGUGCCUUCAGGUAACCCUGUGACUCUGUGUCACAGACUUCCAGAGCUGUGGGGCAUUUUCUGCACCCGGAUUUCCCCAUAUUCCCUACAAAACUGUUACUGUGCUAAAGCCCCUGCUGCCUUGCCUUGCAGUCCUUUGAAAGAAUGCCCAGGCAGAACCCUGAGCUAUUGCAGCCACCAGGAACCUGGGCGUUUGCCGUGGGAAGAUGCUGGUCCUGCAGUAGCCAGAUGACCUGUCUGAUGUCACAUUGACCUAGAAGCAGAGCUGGGAUUCCAUCCUAAGGCUCCUGCCUCUAAAUCCAGGGCUCAUCCCAUCAUUAACAGGGUAACUACUCUGUGCCCGCCUACAGCCUAGGUUUUGGGGCUACAGGGGAGGGACAAUUCCUGACCUCUGGGAGCUUGCUUUUUGUUUACUGCCUGUUGUUCAUUUAUGUCUAAGACCUUCUCCAGCUGGAAAGUUGUGGGAGAUUAAUUUCAGAAUCGUCCGUGGGAGGCAUCAUAGCUAGGGAGAUAGGGGAUCCAGGAGGCCCUGGGGGACUGGAACCCAGGACAAGGCCCCAGGCAGCUUUCUAAGACUUGGGAGUUGCAGUGGUGGACAAUUAACCCUCACCAAUGAAAUUUCAGGUCUGGUCCAAAAAAAAAAAUUCAAAAUUUAGGACUGUGUCAUGAGUAGACACUGGUUUCCUGGGCAGGACCCGGGAGCUGCCCUUUCUUGGAAUGUAUGCUUGGAGCUUCUGGAGGUGGUGAUUUCUCUGCCACUGAAGGACUUCAAGGAGAGGUCAGAUAAGCAUUUGUUGGGUAUAUCAUCGGAGUAUUAUUGGUCAGGUAUGUAGGCAGGAGGCUUUGGUCCAGCUCCCAUGCUGAGGAUGAGUUCCCCCCAUUGUUCCAGAGUCAUGGAGUUCAGGGGUGCGGGCGCCUUCUUGGCAGCCAUCACCUCCAGUCCCCUCAUUUUACAGAAGAGAAAACUGAGGCAGACAGAGAUGAAAUGACUUUCCCAGAGUUACACGGCUAAGUGCCUGAGGUGGGAUUUGAACUCAGGAUUUCCUGACUCCAAGUCUGGACUCUAUGCACUGUGAUACCUACCUUGACACCUCAUUCAAGAGGUGCUGGGCGUGAGAAUACCCCUGGAGCAGGGUUUGGGGGUGAGGUCCCAUAAAGUGCUGGAGGCUGCCUCCUCCCGUGACCUAGUGACAUGUUUCUAGUUCUUAGCGUGUGGUGUGUUUCUCAUGUGGUCAAGUGUGUUCGUAGGGUGGGUCUUCUACUGGGACAGAGAGGGAGAGGCCACGUGACAAAUGAAGAGGGACCCGUUGGUCCCCAUUCCAUGCUUGCCUGCAGAGGCCUUCAAGGCCAAGUUUCUGCCUGGCUCUUUACCAUCUCACUGCUGGCCCGGUGCAUUAUGAGUGGGGCUUGGAUUAUUAUUAUUAUUAUUUUUUAAUAAAUUAGGGCUUUCCCAGGUACUUUGUGAUGUGUGGGAUGUCUUCCCUCCCUGGUCCAUGCAUGGUGAUUGUCUUUGCAAAGGAGUAUUGGGGCUGGAUCUUAGAGAAGCCAGUCUUGAGCCGGAGGGCAUCCAUUGGGAAGAAGUAGAGUGACUGAACACCCCACCUCCCCCAUUCCUCUUUCCUCUCUCCCGCAGGCCCCUGCCAGGGCUAGAACAGUGUAAGUUGAGCUACGGCUUACCUUCUCACUCCUCAAGCUAUCUAAAGUAACCACAGAUUUUUCAUGCAGGUCAGAUAUGAACCCUUAUUUUACAGCUAAGUCACUGAGGCCAGAGAAUGACUUUCCAUGCCCAUGCUCUCGAUCUGGAGACAGAGGACCUGAGUUCGAAUCCUGUUGCUCAUGCUUUUUAGGUGUUGAGCUCUUGAGCUCGGAUAAAUCCGUUAACUUCAGUGUUCCUCAGCUUCCUUAAUAGAAAAUUAGGGGGUAGGGAUAGCUUGCCCCUAAAGUCCCAUCCUGCUCUAGACUAGACUUAGGAUUCCAGGCAGGUGGUAUUAGAGUGGAGACCACAACCCAGGUGUCCUGACUCCGGGGUACCUUCAUUUCCUUUGCUACAAAGUGAAGGAGUUUGACCCUUGGUCCCUUUUAGGGAGAGGGUGAGGAAGGCGGGUCUGUCUGGUCCAAGCUCUGAGCUCCAGAAGGGUGGCUUAGGAAGCGGAACAGCCCCCAAGCCCACCCCAACAUUCCCAACCUCUGUUCUGAGCCCUGGGCCACGGCAGAGGGUUUCUAAGCUUUUCACCGAGUUGGAUGUAGAGACAGUAGCCGAGUGUCAUUGUGGGAAGACGGCCAGCCUUCAAGCCAAGAAGACCUGGUUUCAGGUCCCAUCUCCGACAUACACCUCCGUACUGUGUGUGUGAUGCUGGUCAGAUUAUUAAACCUCCCAGUCCUAUGCUACCAUGCAAUGGGAGAGGGUUUCCUCACUCAGGAGUUCCAGUCCUCAUCCCUAUCCCUUGACUAGAAUGAAGGCUUAUGGCGGGUCUGAAGUACUGCGCUCCCUGGGGUGGGGGUGGGGGGGUGAGGGUGGGAGCUGGUCUGGGGCCUGGACUUCCUCCUGGAUGGAAUUCCCAGCCCAACUCACUGAGAGACUCAGCCCAGGGCCUUCAGGGGAAGCACAAGAUGGGGAGUGCCUUCUGGGUACAGGUCAGACCUGGAGGGGGAACCUGAGAAGGCUGGGAGUGGAGGGCGGGAAUUUUUCGAGUGCUGAAAUAAAAUGGCCUUUGUGAAGA